AUGAGGCUCUGUGGCCCCUUGAUGCUGGCCAUGCUCUGCAGCCUGGCCUGGGCAGGACAAAUGGAGUCGUGCGCAUCUCGCUGCAGUGAGAAAUUUAACCAGAAUGCUGCCUGUCAGUGUGACCACCGGUGUCCCCGGCAUGGGGACUGCUGUGAAGACUAUGAACACCUGUGUACUGACAGGAAAGACCCCAAAAUGGCAGAGCCAUUCCUGGAUCCGGAGGAAGAGUUGGAGAAGGCCAAGCCAAGCAAUUUGUACGCAGCACCCACCUCCUGCCAAGGUCGCUGCCACGAAGCCUUCGACAAGCACCACUCAUGCCACUGCAACGUCCGCUGCCACGAGUUUGGGGACUGCUGCGAGGACUUUCAGAGGCACUGUGGCCAUGAGGGUUUCUCCCACAGCAGUGAUGCUGUAACCGAGGAGGAGCUGCAGAGCAUCUCGGAGAAGAUCUAUGCUGCAGACACCAACAGAGCGCAGAAGCAAGACAUAGUUCUCAACAGACAGAACAGCAUCCCCCCCACGAAGGCGGGGGACAAAGAGGACCACUGCCCAGAGCCGCUCUUCACCUAUGUCAAUGAGAAGCUGUUUUCCAAACCAACCUACACAGCCUUCAUCAAUCUCCUCAACAACUACCAUCCGAAGACAGGUCAGGGGGAACAUUUCAGUGCCCAGCAGUUGGCUGAGCAGGAUACCUUCCUUGAGGAGGUCAUGAAGACGAAUGUCAUGAAGGAACUCUAUGGGUUCCUCCAUCGAAAGAACCGCUACAACUCAGAAGAAGAGUUUGUCAAAGACUUGAAGAACAUGUGGUUUGGACUCUAUUCAAGAGACAAAGGAGACAGGGACUCAAGUGGCUUUGAGCACGUUUUCUCAGGUGAAAUCAAACAUGGCAAAGUAACCGGCUUUCAUAACUGGAUCCGCUUCUACUUCCAGGAAAAGGAGGGCCUGGUUGACUAUUACAGUCAUAUCUAUGACGGGCCGUGGGAUUCCUACCCCGACGUGUUAGCCAUGCAGUUCAAUUGGGACGGCUACUAUAAGGAAGUGGGCUCGGCUUUCAUUGGCAGCAGCCCUGAGUUUGAAUUUGCCCUCUACUCCCUGUGUUAUAUUGCCCAGCCAGGCAAGAAGUGCAAGCUGAACCUGGGUGGAUAUCCCUUGGCUAUCCAGACCUACACCUGGGAUAAGACCACAUAUGGAAAUGGCAAGAAGUACAUCGCCACAGCCUAUGUGGUAUCUUCCACCCACUAG